AUGGGUAACAAAGGAAGGGUUUCUUUCCAGCUGGUCAAAUUGGAGAAUUCCAACAACAUGUUGGAGGGUCCUUCCUAUCUUGUGUCAAGGGAGUUGCCGAGCUCAUGCGAGCAGGAGAGCAAAUGGAUUUACAAUACUCACCGUGUUAUGGAGCUCUCAAACAAUAAGCGCCCCCUUGCAGACGGGGAAGAACUCACAUUGAGGAAGGCAUGCAAGCUAUCAGAUGCUGUUCUAGGAGGUGAAGCAGUUAUGGAUCUUAAUGGCCUUUCUCUUUCCCCUGCCAAGGACCAGUCAAAUGACCAGCAUCAUGAAGGUGGAAAUUCUGAUUCAAGUUCACUAAUCAACCAACUUGGUCGGGAUAACUCAAUAAGCUGUCUCCUUCGCUGCUCGAGGUCUGAUUAUGGCUCAAUUGCCUCAUUGAAUAAAAACUUCCGCUCUCUAAUUCGGAGUGGGGAGCUGUACACACUGAGGCGGAAAAUGGAUAUUGUUGAACAUUGGGUUUACUUCUCUUGCAACCUCCUUGAAUGGGAGGCAUUUGAUCCCGAUCGCAGACGUUGGAUGCAUUUGCCUAGAAUGACGUCAAAUGAUUGUUUCAUGUGUUCGGACAAGGAGUCGUUGGCCGUUGGUACCGAACUUCUUGUUUUUGGAAAGGAAAUAACGUCCCAUGUUAUUUAUAGAUACAGCAUUUUGACCAACACGUGGUCAUCCGGCACUAAGAUGAAUACACCUAGAUGCUUGUUCGGUUCUGCUAGCCGUGGGGAAAUUGCAAUUCUAGCUGGGGGUUGCGAUCCACGUGGCAAUAUCUUGAACUCUGCUGAGCUGUAUAAUUCAGAAACAGGAACUUGGCUGACUCUUCGAAACAUGAAUAAACCUAGAAAAAUGUGUUCUGGGGUAUUUAUGGAUGGGAAGUUUUAUGUCAUUGGUGGGAUAGGAGUGGGCGAUCCAAAGCAACUAACAAGCGGAGAGGUGUACGAUUUGGAGAAGGGGACCUGGACUGAGAUACCAAACAUGUUCCCUGGACGAAAUGGAGGAGCUGGGGCAGCUGAGGCGCCUGCUGCAGCUGAGGCACCUCCUCUGCUUGCAGUGGUAAAUAACAUAUUGUAUGCUGCAGAUUAUGCAGAAAAGGAGGUGAGGAAAUACGAUAAGGAGAAGAAUGUGUGGGUGGCUGUUGGGAGAUUGCCUGAGCGGGCUGUCUCGAUGAAUGGUUGGGGAUUAGCAUUCCGGGCAUGUGGAGAUCGGUUAAUUGUGAUUGGUGGACCUAGGGUAUUAGGAGGAGGGACAAUUGAACUUAAUUCUUGGGUCCCUGAUGGAAGCUCACCACAAUGGGACCUGCUUGCCAGAAAACCGUCUGGCAGCUUUGUGUAUAAUUGUGCGGUGAUGGGAUGCUAA